GUUAUUUCUUCUUUCAAACGUAAACAAAUACACAAAUAUAUAAUUACAAACAUAUCAACAGUACAUUUUUCGUAAAUAAUUUAGAUCUCCUGAAUAAAUAUGUUCCUUGUUUUAGAUAUUGUCUUCAAUUAGUUUCUGUUUUAGAAUUAUGGCCGAAAAUAAGAUAAAGCGCAAAGUUUUUACGGCUGAAGAGAAAGAGAAACUGGUGAUGGUGAUGGAUCCUUAUAUACGUGCAAUAUUAAAUAAAAAGACAGACGGCCCAACUAAUCGUGCGAAGAAUGAGGCGUGGCUGAAUGUGUGCACAAGUUUUAAUUCCACAGGGACCACAGCGUCCACAGCUAGAAGUAAAGACUCUCUUAUAAGAGUCUGGGAGAAAAUCAAAAGGGAAGCGAAGAUUUAUAAAAAAUCAUGGAAAACCGGUUGCAAUGGCACAGGGGGAGGCCCACCUGUUAUAGAUCCAUUCCUGGAGCAAGUUUGUGACUUGAUAGGCCGAGGAUGUUCAGGCACAGCCGGGGACCAGGAUUCAGAUACAGAAUCCAUUUCAUCAUUAAUGCUUGAUGAAACGUUGGAAUGUUCAGUGCAUACAUAUGAAAAUGACAAUACGAGCAACACCGAACAAAUGGAAAAUAAGGAAAUUGACCAUAAUUAUGUUAUUUCUGCAACACAAUUGAGUCAGUCCACAGCGAUGAAGCGACGACCAAUUGUUAGAGCGAGACCGACACGUAGAACAGAAGUAGUUAAAAUGCUGUGUGGAGGAUUUAAAGAUUUGAAUUCUAAAAAGGCUAUAGCAGAAAGUAUAAAAAUUAAAAUUUUAGAAGAAGAGUUGGAAUUCAAGAGGGAUCUACAUAAACUGCAGUUAAAAAACAGCUAGAAAGGACUUACAAAUUAAAACUGAAGUAUGCAAUCAACUAAAAGAUCAUACCAUCAACCUCCAUAAUUUAUUAGGAACUCUUAAAAAUGAAUGAAUAAAAAUUUAUCUCUUAAAUCUCAAAGUUUUUAAAUAUUCUUAAUAAAUUACAUAUUCCUUACCAAUA